CAGUACCAAAUGAACAGGAAUGAAGUAUUUUGUCUCUCUUGUUAAAAUCAGUGAGUACCAGCAGUCUGUAGAAGUAAAGCUAACACUGAAUAUAGGAGUGAGUUAGUGCCACGGAUGAAAAUGCUGUGUGAUUCGUAAUUCAAGAAUUCCAAGACAAAUGCGGCUGAUUCCUUCCGUGUUAGCUGUUGCGACAAUUCUUAUUUUCCCUGCGACAUCAAAGGCUGCACCGCCCCGUCCUAAUGGUAUAGGUAAGCCAGGCCACCGCUCCUGCUAUUUCGCAUCCUGGGCCCUAUACAGACAGGAAGAGAUCAAGUACAGCCUUCAAGAUGUUCCUGGAGACCUCUGCACUCACUUGGUGUAUGGAGGGUAUUCUUUGAUAUCGAGGAGGACCUGGGGUAUAAAGCCCUUGGAACAAUGGUACGAGGUGUCGAGCAACGCCUACGAGAAGUUCCUGACUCUACAGGAGAAAUUUCCCCAUCUGAAGUCUCUGUUCUCGGUCGGAGGCUGGGACCAGAGAUCUCUCCUGCCCAGGAUGCUCUCCGCCAAGGAGCACAGGGACGCCUUCAUCAACAGCACCGUUGAGUUCCUAAAAGAAUACGGGUUGGACGGUCUUGACGUAGACUGGGUAUUUCCCGCAGAAGGGGGACCGGCUGGAACUUCUCAGGCUAAUAUCAACAAUUUCCUAACUUUGCUCCGAGAACUACGUGCCGCCUUCGACGCAGUAGGCAAGGACUGGGAUAUAACAGCAGCUGUCACCAUAAGUCAAGAUAUAGUGGAUGGUGGACGCCACAUGAUGGAAAUUUGCGACCUCGUGGACUCAGUGACGGCAGUUGCCAACGGUCUCAGAGGUUAUUGGGACGGUUACGCUCAAGAUGAGACAAAUGUGGCGGGAAUCACCUGUCAGAACUUUUGAGAUUAAAAGCCUUCAGACGGAA